AUGGCCAGACGGAGCUUGUCCACACCAGAGCUGACAGGCACCUACACCGAUACCGUCGAAGCGGACGAUGAAGGUCAUCCGAAACAGUUGUGGCUGCUCGCGCCGGCAAGGGGCGCUGUCCAAGGUGAAUACGUUCUCCAGAAAGGGCGGGACAAUUUCAACCAGCCCUUGUGGAGACAGCAGAAGGGAUCAGGCUGGCUAUUCAGCAGUGCUCCUGACGGCUUCUGGCGUUUUGCCAACAGCGACGUGGAACUGGCUGAUCGCUUGGGGCCGAUUCAGUCAGCGCAGCCGCAUGCCGGAGUAGCACCUUACAAGGUGGCCCGAUGGCAGUACCACGACGGCAGUGAUUGGCACGAUGAUGCGUCCAUAUCCGUGCUGGCCUCCCAGAUUGAAUUCACAAAUGCGAUGGCAAAGAAGCAGUGCGCUUCGGGUGACGAGGAGCACCCGCCGUCACUUUGGCUGCUGUCGCCUCGGUAUGCGAACCUACAAGGCGAGUACCGAAAGCAGGAAACGCGGCGGGAACGAGGUCAACCAGUUUGGCGCCAAGUUGGAGGAGAAGGCUGGAUCUUCAGCACCAGCAAGGGCCGAUGGUUUGUGACGGACGACGAAGCUGGAAUUGCACAAAGUGGUGGUGUGAUGGCAUCGGUUGCCCCACACAACGGGAGCCCACCCAACAAAGUUGAGCACUGGCAAUUCUUCAAUGAUGGCUCGUGGCAGCCUGACGCGGCAAUUCUGCUUACUGAGAAGCAGGCCGAGGCUGAGCGCCUCUUGGCCGAGCAGCAGAGGGAGGCGCUGCUUCGCAGCGGCGCGGCUCCCGACCGCGUUUGGAUCGUCUGCCCUCCGAAGCCAUUGAUCCAGGGGGAGUACACUCGCCAGCCCGGGCGAAUUGAGCGUGGUCAUCCUGUUUGGCGUCAAGUGGGUGGAAGCGGCAUCCUGUACAGCAAUGGUUUGGGUGGCCUGUGGUGUGUGGCAACCAAAGAAGCCGAUGUCCAGAAGAACUUGGGCGUCCUGCAAUGUUCCAACGCGCACCAGGGCCGACCACCCCACGAAAUGGAGGCUUGGCAGUAUGCAGACGGGUCAACAUGGCGCCUGCACAAGGAUUUGCGAGUCACCGAUCAGCGUGAGGAGGGUCUGGCAGCACUGGCUGAACAGGUGGGCCGCGCGAGUGGGACAGUUUAG